GGUGGUGCUCGGCGCUGGCGCGCGGGGGGAUGGCGGGCUGCGCGCGGCCGCGCCGCGGCCCCUGAGGCGCCGCCAUGUACUCGAGUGCCGCCGCCUCGCCGCCGCGCCGGGACUUCAUCUCCGUCACCCUCAGCCCCGGGGAAGGGCUGGGGCCCGGCAGCUACAACAACAGCAAGGCCUGGAGGCGGCGCUCCUGCUGGCGGAAAUGGAAGCAGCUCUCCCGCCUGCAGCGCAGCGUCAUCCUCUUCCUGUUUGCUGCCCUGGCUGUCUGCGGAGUCAUUUCCUACACCAGCAUGGGGGAACCCUGGAAAAGCUUAGCCAACAAACCACUGGAUGAUCAGAGAGCAGAACCAGACAUUCCUGGAUUGAAACUGGCAAAUCCAGCUGUUCUACCAGCACCCCAGAAAGCAGAUGGCAACCUUGGAGACUACCCACAGCUUUCACCACAGAAGCCACCAAAGCUGCCUCAUGGUCGCCGUGGGCCUCCCGGUCUUCAGCUCAAGCCACCACACAGGAACAUGAGGCUGAAGACCCAACAUGACACCAGCAAGGCUGUGGAAGGACCAGUCCAGGCUGAGAAAGAAGAGAAGCCAGAGAAAUCUGUGAUCAGCUGGAGAGGAGCAGUAAUAGAACCUGACCAAAGCCCUGAACCUCCAUCCAGUAAAAUGCAAGAAGCAGAAAAACCUUCAUCUGUGGAAGCUGAAGAGCAAAAGGAGCCAGUGCCCAUCAACCAGCGCCAGUUGGCCGUCAUCGAGGCCUUCCGCCACGCCUGGAGGGGCUACAAGGCCUUUGCCUGGGGCCACGAUGAACUGAAGCCUUUGUCCAAGUCCUACAGUGAGUGGUUUGGCCUUGGGCUCACCUUGGUCGACGCCUUGGAUACCCUCUGGAUCCUGGGCUUAAAAGAAGAGUUUGAAGAAGCAAGAAAAUGGGUAGCAAAUGAUUUAGUGUUUGAUAAAAACGUGGAUGUGAACCUCUUUGAGAGCACCAUUCGUAUCCUGGGGGGCUUGCUGAGCACCUACCACCUCUCUGGGGAUAGCCUCUUCCUGGAGAAAGCAAAAGACAUUGGGAACAGGCUGAUGCCAGCCUUCAGGACCCCCUCCAAGAUCCCCUACUCCGAUGUCAACCUCGGGCGGGGCAGCGCGCACCCGCCCCGCUGGACCUCCGACAGCACCGUGGCCGAGGUCACCAGCAUCCAGCUGGAGUUCAGGGAGCUCUCUCGUCUCACUGGGGAUGAGAAAUUCCAGAGCGCGGUGGAUGCGGUGACCAAGCACGUGCACGGCCUGGCGGGGAAGAACGACGGGCUGGUGCCCAUGUUCAUCAACACCAACAGCGGGCAGUUCACACACCUGGGCGUCUACACGCUGGGAGCCAGAGCCGACAGCUACUACGAGUAUCUGCUCAAGCAAUGGAUUCAGGGGGGCAAAAAAGAAAAUGAGCUGUUGGAAGACUACAUGAGAGCCAUAGAAGGAGUGAAGAAGCAUCUUCUUCAGAGAUCACAACCCAAAAAGCUGAUAUUUGUAGGAGAGCUGGCUCAUGGCCACUUCAGUGCCAAGAUGGAUCACUUGGUUUGCUUUCUGCCUGGCACUCUGGCCCUGGGAGCUCACAAUGGCCUCACUGCUGACCAUAUGAAACUGGCUGAAGCCCUCAUAGAAACAUGUUACCAGAUGUAUGCUCAAGUGGAGACAGGCCUGAGCCCAGAGAUCGUGCACUUCAACCUGCAUGCACAAAAGGGCCACAAAGAUGUGGAGAUCAAGCCUGCAGACAGGCACAACUUGCUGCGACCUGAAACUGUGGAAAGCCUUUUUUACCUGUACAGAUUCACUGGGGACAAGAAGUACCAGGACUGGGGCUGGGAGAUCCUGCAGAGCUUCAACAAGUACACACGUGUCCCCACAGGUGGUUACACUUCCAUUAACAAUGUGCAGAGCCCCAGCAAUCCAGAGCCAAGGGAUAAGAUGGAGAGCUUCUUCCUCGGGGAGACGCUCAAGUACCUGUUCCUGCUCUUCUCGGAUGACAUCGACUUGAUCAACCUCGACAAGUUUGUGUUCAACACAGAAGCUCAUCCACUCCCUAUCUGGGUGCCUGCAUAGACUGAGUGUCAGCAGACCUUCCAGGGGUGGCAUUUUUAUCUUCAAGUCACUUUACUUUUCAGGGUUUGAGGAGAGAUGCUGCACUGCACUGUGUUUGGUUUCAAACAGGCAAAACCUUUAGGGAAGCAUCUCUGCUUUGGACAAGUCACAUCAGUCUUAAAGCUAAUCCCUGCUUCUGGGAUGGCCAAGCUGUGCCAUGCUAAGCCUGUCUCCUGGUAUUGAUGAUGAGGUUCAGAGAAUUGUGGUGUGACCAUGACAUUCCCAGAGCUCUGGUGGAGCAGGCCUCACUUCUGUCCAUCUUACUAAAUGCUCAUUAAAUACCAGGAGCUCAGCUUGGUGUUGUCCAGGCCAGGACUGGCCCUGCAGAGGAGGAAUAAACCUGCAGGUCUCUGGUUUAUUCUGGACUCACUGAAACACCAGUGAACAGCACCUUCCCUUCCUAAGAGCCUGGUGCUUCAGCUGCUGUUUCAGGUGGUCAGGGGAAUCAACAAAGAACUGUGACAGUGUCCCAGGCAGAAGAAAACCCUCGGCAUUGCCAGCGGUACUCUGCACUCAUUCCAAACUACCCAGCGGUGCUGCAGCAGCUGAGGAGAAGGAAGUGGCAGCAAAGCUUCUGUUGUACAGUGUCAUAAGUUUUCUAGAGCACUUUGAACAAUCUCUUCAAGCUGUGGCUGAAAUGAAUGAUGGGAGAGAAUUUGCUGCUGGUUUGGCUCAGAGUGGUUUAGAAUUAUGUAGAGGUGUUGCAGUUUUGCAGCUGACCUGCAGGAAUGCAGGAGACAAUGUGAAACAAGAGGAACUCCACCUGCAUUUCAGAUGUUCUUCGCACCAGUUAGACUCAGGUACUCUGACUAAAAGCUGUGUUCUGAGGCUGGGCACUGGGGAAGCUUGGCAGCACAUGAGGUGCAGUUCUGCAUCAGCCUUUCUGUCCCAUCCUGUCCAGAUGCGGCAUUGUGAGGUCUUGACUCAAGACAGGCUUAGAAUGCACAGCAAACUUCUUACUCAUAAUUGGUUAAACUGGGGGAAAAUCAUAGUGCUGAUCUCUGGAGCUUUUUCCUCCUUAGGAGUACUUUGGGUAGAAGUAGUUUUCAUUAGUGGGAUUAAAAGCAGGUAGUUCCUGCUCCCAGUGAAAUCUGGUCAGUUGCUUGAGGACCAAGUAGGUCUGGGUUGAGCCUUCUGGGAGCCCUGGGAGCUUUCACUUCUUGAUGUUCAAAUAGAUUUUAUGCCAUGAAUUUGGAAAUCAGCUUUCUAUAGAGUGUUUCCUUCUGGUUCUGUAGCUACUUGAGCAGUGUGGUGUUCAUAGCUGAAUUAGCAGAACCGUGCUUGUUCAUGUUUCUCGAAGAGCCUCUCGUGAAGAGGUCCCUUCCUGUCACACCCCUGGCAGUGGUGGGAAGCCUGCAAGUGUGUGGUGGUGGCAGCAAGGUGCAGCCCCCUGUGAAUCUCUAAAUCUGAGGCUGGGUUAUGGUGACCAAUUCUGUUUGCUAGAGCCAGACCGUACCCUUGGGACCACUAUUGAAGUCUUUUCCAGGAGUAUUUCUCAUUCCAUGGACUGAUGAUGGCUUGUGGGAAUGGAGGAGGUUAGUGAAAUGCAGCUUCCUCUGGCAUCCAGUGGCCCUGGGGAUUUGCAAGGCACAACAAAGUUGUGCAGAGUGUUGAUGCUCUUUGUUCACCAGUGCCACCAGUAACCCUGGAGAUGAGUGUCUCACUUGUGUGCAGUGGAAGCCAGCAGCUGUAGCCUUUGUCUGCAGAAUUGUUUUGCUCCAGAGACUUUGGCAUAAGGGUGAAGAGGAAAAGGCUGUUGAAAUCUGGGAGAAAACAGCUUCAGUGUUUCUGUUUGUGGAGCAGGUUUGUGUUCCUCUUCAGCUUUGGCUGAAAGCUGAAGGCUUAAAACUGGAGAUUAUGGCAAAAAAAAACCAACCAAGAGAUAGAUUCAGUGAGAGCCUCCCUGGCCCUGUGCUGCUUUGGCCUCCUGCCUUCAGAGGAAGCUAAUUUUGAACCCUGAAGUAAUGACUGCUCUGGAUUGCCAGACUUGCAGAAUUUGGCAUUGCAUCUGCCCAGGCUUCCUGAGGAAAGCAGGAGAGUGCUUAGAGAGUGGACAGAGAAAAUUCACCAAAACCCUUCUGUUCUUAAGUCUUAAUGUGCUCAGCUUUACCAGUGGAACUCUGGGAGACUGUUUGUCCUGGUUUGAGGCCAGGCAGAUCCUCUCUUGCCCCUGAGAGGGGCAAAAGAAUAACACUCAUCACACAAAUGGACUGCAGAAGUGAUGGAAAGUUUAAAUGGAAAAGCAGCAAGUGUUGUACAGGAGCUGCAAGCACAGCAAUGAAUCCCAAAGCACAUAGAGUCCCCUACAGCACACCCAAAGCCUCCCAACCUUUCCCUUCUCCCCACCUGAGGGUGUACCCAACCCCCCAGGGCUCUCUCUUCCCCCUGCUCCCUGCUAGGCAGGUCUCAGGCUGGUCAGGUCUGAGACUGCCUCCCCUCUCCUCCUGGCAUUAGGCCUGGCCAGGCCUAAGAGGCCUUGAGCUACUCCCCCAGUGUUACCCCACAGGGAGCAUCUCCCACUGGAGAAGAGGAAGAGAAAGACUUUGCAGAUGGAUUUAUAGGGUGCAGGAUAUUAUGGGUAUGAAAUAGGCUGUUUCCUGUGUCCGCCUGCUGGGCUGGGCACCCUGGACACUGGAGGUGUAACUUAUGUGGCAGUAACAGGAGGCUUGAGAGUGACAAUGCAAUUGAUAAGGAGUUGGAGAGAAGAACAAACCAUCAGUCCCAAGCACACUUCUCUCUUUGCUGAACCUCUUGGUCCAGCUGAUACAUUUUGUAUGGAAUUCUGCCUGGGAGCUGCAUCCCUGCAGGCUGUGGCUUUGCUGGUCUCAGCCUUUAAAGCUGGAGUUCAGAUUUUUCAUCCCUCUCUGCCUUAGAGAACUGAUGCUUGCUUUAGACUCUGGUCUAAAUAAUCUGAGAGAAGCUCAUCUGCUUGCUUCUGUCCUUUUGCAGAGGCCCCUCUAUAUUUCUGGUGUAUUUUCCCAUCCUUACCAUCCAAAGCCUUAGCUGCAGGGUCUGGGACCUCUGUUGUCUGGGUACACUGCCCUGCUGGUUCUGCAGUUGGCUGUUGCAGAAAGGCCAUCUUCUCAGCCAGUGGUUCUGUCCUUCUGCACAAAGAGCUGCCUUGGUUUCUCCCCAAGAGCUUGAGUGCCUUCCUCAUUAAAAUCAAACAAAGGAAGAAAAGCCCAGCCCCAGGCAGCUGCCUACACUGAGGGACAACAGAGCUGAUGGGCACAGCCAUGGAGGGCUGCACAGCUGGGGCACUUGAGGUCUUAUGCUCUGGGCUGUAAUCCACAGCUCAAGGAGAUUCCUCUUUGCUGCUACCAGAUACAGUAGGUGGAUGGGGCCACAGGCAGCAUCUAGCCUCAGGACUUUUGGGGACCAACCACUGGCAGUUUUGCAUGGUCUGUGGCACUGGCUGCCAGGGGCUCACCAUGGCUUUCUGUUAAGAGUAUUCUGACUGUCCCAUGCCAAGCUCAGCUGCAGCUACACCUCCAGAUAUUAGGCCUAGAAUCUGCUUUGUUUGCUGUUGCACACCAGUGUGACACUGCAGUGAUGAGGGAGGCUGACAGGAGGGGUUUCUGCAUCUGCCCUGUUGUUUCUCCUGCCCUUUAAGGCAACUUUCCUUCAGCUGUGCACUCCCAGAAGUGAGCUGCAGGCAGCCCAACUCCUGCUCUCCAGUCCCACAUUCAGGCUCCUUACCAGGAGCAGGAAAGCUCCCAUCUCAGGGCAGGUGCACCCUGCUGUCAGCCAAACUUGCUUCAACAGAAGGGCUCUGUUCCCUGCCUUUGGGAAGCUUGGGCUUUGGAGGCUUUUGUCUCUCAAGUGUUGCUGGAACUCAACUCUCCACUAAAAGCCAGGCCUGAGUUCUUCAGAACUGGAUGCUUUGUGCUUGCCAGGAGAAGCUGCUGCUUUGCUCUGAGCAGUAAGGCAGGAGCUCUUACUGUUGUGUGCAGUGGUCCUGUUGGUUACUCUCAUGCUGGUACCUGAUGAGAGCCUGAAUCAGCUUUUGCUCUACACCCUCACUACUGCAGGUCUUCAACCACGUGGCCCUAGGGACAGUGCUCUGGGCCACUUUGCUGGCACUCAUUUUCCUGAAGUUCAGCCACCAGCAGUGUGCCUGCAGUAUGCAGGAGAGCUGGCUGCUGCUGCUGGGCUCUUCCCUACAGCCCUCCAAGGCCCCAUGGUGCCCUCAAAAUGUGGAUGUUUGUGGCACUCAGACUCCUGCCACAGAUCCUGAAGCCUUUUCUUUUCAUUGUUUUUGUCUGUGCAGAUCUUGUUCAUCCCUGUGCCAGAGCACCUGAAAGCCUUCAGUUUCUCCUUCCAUCAGACUGUUGGUACCCCUCAGGCUCUGGGAAGCCCUUUGGGGCAACAGGAGAUUCUACUCUCUCUCUCGAGUAGCAUCCAUUA